GCGGUGCGGGGGCGGGGCUGUGGCGCUGGAGCGGCUCGUUGUGCGCUGCGGACCGAUCGCCUCCCGCUGCCCGGGCCCGGCCGCCGCCGCCGCAGAUUUAUUGUAAAAUGUCCAAUGGUUAUGAAGAUCACAUGGCUGAAGAUUGCAGGGAUGAUAUUGGUAGGACAAAUUUAAUUGUGAACUACCUUCCUCAGAACAUGACACAGGAUGAAUUACGGAGUCUGUUCAGCAGCAUCGGUGAAGUGGAAUCUGCAAAACUUAUUCGGGACAAAGUUGCAGGACACAGCUUAGGCUAUGGCUUCGUGAACUACGUAACUGCAAAAGAUGCUGAAAGAGCAAUAAACACACUGAAUGGCCUCAGACUUCAGUCAAAAACUAUCAAGGUUUCCUAUGCCCGCCCCAGUUCUGAAGUUAUCAAGGAUGCUAAUUUGUACAUCAGUGGCCUGCCCCGCUCAAUGACACAGAAGGAUGUAGAAGAUAUGUUUUCCCGUUUUGGACGCAUCAUCAACUCACGUGUGCUUGUGGAUCAAACCACAGGUUUGUCCAGAGGGGUCGCAUUUAUCCGGUUUGACAAAAGGUCAGAAGCAGAAGAGGCAAUUACAAAUUUCAAUGGUCACAAACCCCCAGGUUCCUCCGAGCCCAUUACAGUGAAGUUUGCAGCCAACCCUAACCAGAACAAAAAUGUGGCACUGUUGUCGCAGCUGUGUCAUUCACCAGCUAGACGGUUUGGAGGGCCAGUGCAUCACCAGGCACAGAGAUUCAGGUUCUCUCCUAUGGGUGUAGAUCACAUGAGUGGGCUUUCUGGUGUAAAUGUUCCAGGAAACGCAUCUUCUGGCUGGUGUAUCUUCAUCUACAACCUUGGUCAAGAUGCUGAUGAGGGAAUCCUCUGGCAGAUGUUUGGCCCCUUUGGUGCGGUUACCAAUGUGAAAGUUAUUCGAGAUUUCAACACCAACAAGUGCAAAGGUUUUGGUUUUGUGACCAUGACAAACUAUGAAGAAGCUGCAAUGGCCAUAGCAAGUCUUAAUGGCUACCGCCUGGGGGACAAAAUCUUACAGGUUUCCUUCAAAACCAACAAGUCCCACAAAUAACUUGCUCGUGCUUUUUGUAUGGAAUAGAUAAUGGAGUGACAGAAGUUGAAACAUUUUUGUUAGUGUAAAACUCAUUUUGCGCCAAUUUUCACAAGUGUUUGUCUUAGUCUAAAUGAGAAGUGAAAAGGUUUUAUAUUCUGGGAUGCAACUGACAUGUUCAAAUGUUUGAAAUCCCACAAUGUUAGACCAAUUUUAAGUUCCUUUAAGUUAUUUCAUUUAAAACAUGUUAAAAAUCCCCUGAAAUCUUAAGUAGAUUGCAUUAACUAGACCCUCUGGAUGGUGGUAAAAUUGAAGCAUGCUUUCACUUAUGAGACUAACAUUUGUUUCAUUGAAUGUUGUCUGCAAAAACUGGAAUUUUCUGAAAAAUAUCAGGAUGAAUUCAUUAAUUUUCUUUGGGUUUAUGUUGUUCUUCCUACCCAUCCCCCUGUCCUUUUGUUCCCCCUCAGUUUCAGUAGUAUGGAAGAAAAGUUGAGAAAUACUAAUGUUUUAGUUGACAGUAAAUUGUUUGAUAAAUUAAUAUUCAUUACUCUGUGUCUAGUUGAGGAUCAGGCUUUUUAAAGUCAAGGUCUUGUAAGUAGUAGCAUGCCAGCCUAACUUUAACACCAUUGAGGAGGUAAGUUGCACACUGAGCAGUGGCCAAGCUGUCCAAUUCACAGGUUUUAGAAACAAGACUUUUAAAACCCACUUUGAGAGCAAUGGACCAAAGAGUUUCAAAGAAACUCCAGGAAGAUUUCAGAGUCAAAAUGAAACUCCAAAAAAGCGAGUGUGAAUAUAUGUUGCUACUUUACCAGACUGAAUCUCUUCUGUCCAAAUACUUAAUGCAUGGUGCACUACUUACUGGUACAUUAUAAUGCAGGAAGAUACUUACUCAUUUUCCAAGAUCAUUGUAGUUGGAAUUCCUUUGGCAGUUCUAUUUUGUAAAGAAAAACCAGUUAUAAACAUUUGAGCAUUGUAUUUCUCGCAUCCCUUCUAAUGAGUGCUAGUUUUUCUAUUUUAAUAGGAUUUUGUUUUGAUAACUAGCUUUACUUACUGAACACUCAGCAGAAAAGUACUUACAACUUGCAAGUUAGAUAUUAACCAAAAACCCCUUUGAUUUGUAGAUUUAAAGAUUAAUCCCCCAGGUUUUCUGCAGACUGCCUUGAAACUUUGAGUUGUUCUGUUUCUGUUAAUUUUCUUUUGCUUUUUUGUGUUUUUUGUUUGUUUUUACUUUUGCAUUUAAGAACAUUAAAUUUGAUUUUGUUUUGCUCAAAUUUUGUUUUGUUUUUUAUUUUCUGUUCUUUUUUUUGCUAAGUAUUGCACAAAGUGUCCAGCUUUCAGAGUGCUGUUUAAGGAACUGUAGCUCCGCUUUAAGAGAAUUUUAAUUUACUGCUUUGACAGAUGAGUAGAAGAAAAGAGUUUUGAAACAAGCACCACAAUAAAUCUGUCACAUAGAAAUGAGUGUCACAGACUGAUGUAACCCUCAGGUGUGCUUGGGUAGGAAACGGGGAAGGCUGACCAUGCCCGUGCAGGUGUUUGAGCUGCUGUGCACAACUAGAGACUUGGCUCUGGUGUUUUUGUAGGCAGGGCAGGUGUGGAAAUGAGGUCUGUGGCAGUUUAAUGCGGUGUCUCCUUGUUUUGCCUGAAUCUCUACCAGCCCCAGAGUUCAUUUCCAAACUCGAGAGGCCAGUCCAUGCUCCCUGCUUGUCUCACUCCAUCCCAGCUGACCUUGCCUUCUGCUUGCCGCCGUUUGUCUUCUCCUUGUCCUCUCCCUGCCAUGGGACCUGCGCAGCCUGAGGGCUCCCUCAGCCUCCGCAUGUGGCUCAGCUGGUGCCCAGCUCCAGGGAGGACCUGUGGGAGCUGCUGAUGUUCCUGGAGCUGCCCAGGACAUAUCUAAACCCUACAGAUAGGCCUUGGCCCAGCGAGCAGCCUUCCACUGAGUUUGAGCUUGUGUGCACUGAAUGCAGGUGGGAUUUUUCCUGUUAAAGCAUCCAACCUUGCCUCUCCUGCCAGUCUGUUCCCUCCCCAUCUCUUGAGAUGCUCGGUGGAACAGUGACUGUGACACAGCAGCCAGGCCACUCCCACCCCCCAGAGCUGCUCUUGGCUGUCAGAGGUUUCCUUCCAUCAGUUCAUCACCAUCCAUUUAUCACGUCUGUGAUUAUUUCCUUUCUGCGUACAAGGAGAGCUUGGGAAGCGUUCUGGGUGUCCUCCCAAGUUAAAGCUGUGUAGUACAGAGAAGUUCUCUUACAUGUCCCAUCAUUGUUGAGCCCUGCACUGUCCUGUUCCACAGGAGUGGGCUGUAGUCAUUCCCAGUUCCUGUCAUUUUCUCUUGCUUUAUUCCAUUUAAGAUAAAUUUGCUGCUAAACUGAAAUGGGAGCUGGUGUUUAUCACAAUAUUUAGCGGGGGUUCAGACUUCCAUCGAGUGACCCCCUAAACAUGACUCUGUCAGUACUGGUUCCAAGCACACUGGCCAUGGCAGCAGCGCAUUGCUGUGCUGCCACUUUUGAAGAACCCUGUUCUCUUGAAUGCUUUCUGGCAUCACUGUUCCUUUCUUUUUCCACUGCUUCCCUAUUUGUCCAUCUCUCAUUCUUUGCUAAGUAAGAAGGAAAUGCAGGAUAUGGUUUAGUACUGCUACUACAACAAUCUCUUUUAGGAAAGGUCUGAUUCCAGCUUUCUUUGAUAGUUGCCCUGAUAAUAAUAUUCAGGCAAUUGGUAUGAGCAAAGCACUGCUGCUCAAGUCAGGCAAAGAGGAAAAAACUCCUGCUAAUAUCCAGAGCUGAUACCAGAAGUAAUGUAUGAUUUGUGCUGUUCUAACAGUCAAUAAAAUCUUGGCAUAAAUAGCUGAAGUCCAGAAAAAAUUAUGUAUGUAUACUCGAUGAUUUUGGUCCUAAACCAAAAUGCUUGUGCAUCCUACUAUUAAAGACCAAAAGGAAGCUUCUGGGCGUGGAAGCUAAAUUCUAACAAGACAUCUACCAGGAGUUUUUCUGCCCCAAAGGUAGGAGCAACUGGUUUCCUCCUCACCCUGCUUUGAAGCUCUCACUUGAACAGACCUGUUUCGAGAGAGUUUUUGGCCUCUUAAUUCUCAGAGUGCUCUGCUUUUUCAUCCAUCCAUUUGGUGGAAGCCAGGUGUUUCUAUCAGGUGAUGCCUCUAUCAGUAAGCACUUACAGGAUCUUAGUAGAACCAAAGGCUGUCUCAAAGCAGGGGUCUCACAUUGCUCGUGAGAUUCAGUGGUCUCAUUGAGGUAGAGAGUUCUGAAAAGUCUUCAUUGCUGGACUAGGAUGUGAUAAUCAGAUUCUGGAGACCUGAAUUUUUUGGUCUGUACUGUGAGAUGUGCUACAGGAACAGCUGAGAUGGGAGUGUUUUAGAGUCCUUUAGAGUAGGUUAAGAGUCUCUUGGGACAGCCCCUGGUGCAGGUUCUGAAGGACCAGGUGUAAUUUCUGCUGAAAACACAGCUGUCUCAGGGUCUCGUGUGUAGAUGCUGAGGGGAGUCUCUGCAUUUGCUUCCCAGAUGUCCACAUGAAUGGAAUUCACCCCAGUGCAGAACGCUGGCCAUGAGCCUCAGCACCUGUAAACCUCCUGUUAACCCUUAGCAUAUAGGGAAAUCCCACAUAAAUAUGGAAGAGGAAUCUCUGUAUGUGCUUGGUGUGAGCUGGCAAAGGCACAUGCAGAUCCUUCAGGUGAAGGGCUGGCAACACCAGAAAUCCAGAUGUGAGCAGAAUCAGAGCAGCUCAGUGUGUUCAGUUCUCAGUUGAUUCCCUGUUAGGUGGUGUCUGUGCACUGAAGUGUUGGAUUUAUUUUAUUUUAUUCUUCAAGCUGCAUUAUCAUAAUAUUUGAUUUACUUGAGCUGCUCCACUCUCCUGUCAGAGACUGGCCAGUGCAGUUACUGUUGCCUCCUGAGCCUUCCUCUGCCAGUCCCUGCAUCUGUUCUAGCUCUGGGGCUGGGAAAGGCUUCAGGAUCCAGCUCUUAGGGUGAGGGGAGAAGUCACAUCACCACAGCGGUGUGUGUGGCCACACAGCUCUUCCUUCCAUUUGCUUGGAUAUAUUUUUUCUACAUCUGUAUCAUGUGAGUAUGAAAACCAUGGAAAAUCCAGAGACAAGUCACUGGAGCAGGAUAAAUUGUCACCUCAGUGAACACUGGUUGGUCAGUGUGUGGUCACUUGCCCUUGUCCAGAUGACCAAAGGGUAUUUGCAUGGAGAGGACACCUAUUUUUAUAGGGGGAUUGAACAUUGCAGUAAUGUUAUUUAUACAAAGCAGUUGAAAGUCUUUUUUAAAAAAGUUUUUUAAAAAACUUGGUAUCAUUUAUAGAAAGAAUAUCCAGCAGUCAAAACCAAAAUGAUGAACUAACUGUAAAGGUGAUCCAUUAUUUUAAGGCUGAGUUUGGAAAAUGAAUAGUCCUUAAGGUCCUUCAACAUUUGUUACAAUUCUAUGUUGCUUUAAUGUUCUGGGUAAGGUAAAUAAAGUAGAAAUUCUUCAAAUAUUUCAGGAGAGAUUUUUUUUCAGUGCAUUUUAAAUGGCAAUAACUCAAGUUCCUUUUUGGAUAGUUUAUAAUUACAUAUGUGCUUUAAAAAAACAAACUUGGAGAAUGUCCCCAUGUUUACUUUUCUAACACAAUAUACAGGUCAUAUGAUAAACUGUUUAUUUAAAGUAGCUCCUCUGAUAGCUCUGCCUGCAGAAGGUUAGAGUUUGUGGGAGAUUUUUAACACACAGCUCUUGUGAGCUGCUGGUAGCCUGAUUCAAUCACAUAAACAUGGAGCAGUUUGUCUGGAGGCUGCCUCUGCCAGAAGGUCACUGUAUUUUUUAUUUCCAUAUUGAAGAAAUGUGUCCUUUUUAACUCUGUCGAUGAAGCACCUUAUUGUUACAUUUCUAUGUUUAGGCAUCUACAAGUAGCUUUAGAGGGAAGGGACCAAAUUCACCUUUAGCAUAAAGAAACACCAACUCCUUGAGCUCUCUGAGUGGAGCUGCAUUGUGUUUUGGCUUUUUCUCAUUUUGUUUUUAUUUUCCAAGAGCUGAAUUUGUCACCUGAGGUAUUCUAAUCUCUAUUUGGAAGGAGGAGAGUCUUUUUGUGCCUUCGGCAAUUCCUCUAACGUAGCUCUGUGCUUCUCAAGGUUGGCUGCUCAGCACAGUAGGAUGGAUAAAUCCGGAACUCAAGAGGCCAGUGGUUAUUUUCUCUGAUUAUUGUAUUUAUUAUUACUGGGUUUCUCCUUACUAAUAUAAAAAAUGAAAAAUGUGGAGUUCAUAAAAAGGGUCUCAGUUCCCUCCCUCUCGCUCGGAAGAGGCGGUGCCUCCAUGACAAGCAGUGGAUUGAAAAUCGCCGGUCAUUCCUGAGCGGCCGCUCGUAGGUUGAUCAGGUACAGCGUCAUGUCAGUGCUUGCUGUUUGUAGUAGUCUCAUGUAGUCAAACAAAACCAAACUCAAAGUGUUACUUUCUCAUUCUACAUGAUUUAAAACCAGUCCAAGUCUUUAUGAUCUCUACAGCAGAACUCACCACCCCAUCGGUGGGUUUGACAUUCAGCUCUGGAGAUUCCUUCUAGAUCACACUCGAUCCAACAGCAACAAAGGUUUAGAAAUAUUUUUCUGUUGAGUGGAGUUUUCAGCACUGAAAUUCUCUUUUGUUGCUAAUGAUGGGAAAACAGUAAUGGUAGAACUGCCACCUGAAACCUUGGAAAAUUGCUUCUCUGUUCACAUUUUAGAAUCUCAAUAUUCUCCUACUGUUGUUCCUUAUUUCUGAACAUUUUUGAGCAAGUUUUUAGUGGUAUGGCUGAACUUUUUCACUUGGUCAUUGAGAAGAAAAUGACUUGAGACAUUUGAAACAUAAGUUGGGAUAAACCUUUAUUUGAUGAGUAAUUUGAAUAAUAUUGUACUUCUAGUCUUUUUAUUGAUUUCCUUUCCUUUAACUUAUGUAAUCUUUUGUUUAUAAAUUAAUCUGUUUGUGGGACAGAAGGUUUUAUCAAUUGCUUUCCAUACUGUACAGUAUAUGGUUACACAUUUUGUAUAUUUAGUGUGUUUUUAAGUUAUUGAUUUGUUUUAUAUCAAAUAAUUUAUUUUUCAGGUACCAUUUUCAUUUAAACUUUGUUUUUACAUGGGUUUACUUUAAAUAAAGUAUGACACUGCUUUCCAAAUGUCGAAAAUGAAGUUGAAUCCCAUUGUGUUAUUUUGAGAUGAUUUAUGUAAAUUAACUUAUUUUAGAAAUAACUGCAAAAAUGUACCAAGUUCAUACUUUGGUUGUGCUUCAAUUCAAGUGCUUGGAAAUUCUCUGCAAUGAUUUUUGAGCAGUUUGAAAAAAUUGAGUUUUCAUAUUGAAACAGUUCAAAGAUUUGUUGAUGAAGCAGCAGUUUUGUAGAAUCCUGUGGAUGGAGUUAUGAACAUUGUUUUCUAUGUGGAUUUUCAAAAUUAAAUGAAACAACUCAUAGAUAUUUUACACUGGUGUUAAGACUUAAAUGACAUUAUCUAUGUUAAUAGUGCAAGGAGUUUUUGUACUUUUGCCACAUGUUCAUGGCUGGUUUUGUUGAGCACUUGUUUGGAACGUACUUGGGAUGCUUUUACUUGAGCCUUGUUGAGGGGUGAUGUACUUCAAAAUAGAAUUAGGCUUUUACGUAAUUGUUCAUAUUUUGUCUUUUUUUCCCUGCAGGAUUUGGAUUAUUAUUGUGCAGUUUGGAAUUUGACAUGUUUUCAGAAGAAUCUGAACUGUGUUCAGGAAUAGGCCAAUCAAGGUUCCUCCACUAAAGAUUUUGUAACUUGUGGCCUUGUUAGAAAGAUGGAAUUAAAAGAAGGGGCUUAGUUUCCUUUUUAUUUUUCAGGGAAAAAAUUGUUGUCUUUAUCUUACAUUUUUCUUCCUGAUUAAACCAAACCCAAAGCCCAGCUAUACUGUUACUCAGAAAUGUGUGUGAAACUUCUUCAGGGAGCUUCUGGGGAAACCCCUCAUGUUGGCCCAUUGGAGGUUUAGGUUGGAUGAAGAUUUUCUGUGAUUGUGCCGGGGUUGUCAGGCCCUGGCAGAGGCUGCCCAGGGGAGUGGGGAGUCGCCAUCCCUGAAGUGUUCCAGAGCACGUGGCUGUGGCACAGGGGUCGUGGGCCAGUGGUGAACACGGUGCUGCUGCCAGCUUGGUGCUUGGGCUUCAUUGCCUUAGAGGAUUUUUCCAACCUGACAGCUGUGAUUUCAUGGGAAGGGACCAUCAGUGCAGGUCAGGCUCCCUGGUUCCUUCCUUGGGUGAGGCUGGGGCAGGACAGACACCCCAGGUCAAACCCUGGGGGAGGUUCUGUAAGGGGUGUUUUCCAGAAAUGCUUCUGAGACCACGUCCUUUUGGUUGAAGGAUCGCAUAUAACCCUGCUGGCUCUGCACAGACUGGGUUCCAGUCUUAGUCCUUUCUUCACCAAAACAAACUUUUAGUUUUAGUAAACUGAAAUCUGUCCUGCUGUGUUUCAGCAGGUGCCUCCUGUCCUUUAGUAACAGAAAUAAUCCCUCUGAGAGCUGGGCUAAUUGUUGUACCUUCGACACAUUGCCUCUGAUUUUUCUCUUAAAGACUUACUGAGAAAAAUGAUGUAAAGUAAGAGAUAUAGAUAGUGUUUUAUGUAUGAUGUCAUGGAACGUGUGGCAGUGCUGCCUCAGCUCAGGAUCUCUUCCAACUCGGGAGUUUUUAGAUUUGCAGUUAUUUUUUCUGUGAUGGGAAUUUCUCAGUUCAGCACUGUUUGCCAUAUGGAAUUAUUUGUUGAGCUAAAUUGGUAAAGAGCAGAAUUGAGAAUUUCUGUUCAUACCAUUACAUCAGUGGAUUGUUGAAUGUGCAGCAUCUGGUGUAUUCAGGAAUGCUUCAUCAGUACUUAGACCUUUCCUGGGUUUUCCUUUGCAUGGAGUUGGAACACCUUCCCCAUUUUUGCUCCCACCAGAGUUACCAGAGUUCAUCCCAUGUGGUUGACUUUGCUCAUGUUCAUUUUGACCACUAUGGUAUUUUCUAUGUUUUUCUUCUAUGAAGAAUCAUGAGGAAAAGAUAUAUUAAAUUCCAAAAAGCUUAAUAAUAGACAUGGCCAUGUGAAGUUCUAGCCCCUCAGAAAUGGCUCUUUUUUUAAAAGCAAACCAAAAAAGUUUGUGUAGACCAAUUAACACCCAGACAGGGACUCUGGUUUUUGCAGAAUUCCUGGCAGACUCCCUGGCUUUUGACUGUUCCCCCUCCUUGCUCUGCUCUUGUGGUGUCCUCCCUCCAAAUUUCACCCCCUUCAUUUCCAGAACAGCGAAAGAGGGAGGGAGGGAGAAAAAAGGUGUUAAACUGGUAUGUCCAAGAAAGAUGUCUGAACCCUUUUCUCUGUAUUUCCUAUGCUUUAAAAAAAAGGGAGGAAUAUGGCUGUAAGAAGUGUCCUGGGUCACGCUGACAGCGCACUUGCUCCGGAUUCUGUCCCAGCAGUGGCAGUGAGCAGCUAUUUAAGGAAAGCCUGGCUGCCUUCCCCCCCUCCCUUCAUUCCCCUUGUGCUUCCCCAGCUCAGUGUCAGGGGGGGCCUGAAUACCUCCUCUUCUUUAGAAUCCUGAUUUUUGAAACUGCCUUUCUUUUCCUUAAACUGUCCUCUGCUUCUUCCUGUACUGACAGCAGGAAGAGGAAGUGGAGCAUUUGGGAGUGGUUUAACACAUCUGUAUUAUCUGAGUAGCUGAAUGAAGGUGAAUAAAUCACAAUGUUUUGCUAUUUGCACUGUGACACACUUCCUUUUUUUGUCUUUUUUUUAAGUGUUUAUGUAUAGAAACAGUGAUGAGCAAAAUGGGACUCUGAACCUGGUUUGUCAGAACAUAACUUGUACUAACAUCUCAUUAGCAAAUAAUGUUUCAUUGCAUCAAAAUUCAUUUAAACCAAAUUUGGCAGUUAAAAUACAGAUUUUCUUUAUUUGAAUUUUAAGUGUGGUUUAUAACGUUCUGAAGGUUGACCUUUCCAGAGUGAAUUGACUUCUUCCUACAGGGCUGGAGCUCCAUACUUACAAAGGAGCAUGUACUCAAACUAGAGCUUACAAAGAACUGAGUUUAAUAAAAAUAAGUUCGAGGCUUCCUGUGUUCUCGGCAUAGGAAUCGGAGGAGCUGUUAGACCUACUUUAACAAACCUGUUAAACCUACUGUUUGAAUGUGUUGGAACAGAUUCUGCCCCAAGAGAAGGCUCCUAGAGGAGAGCAGAGCAGGAGUGGUUUGGCUUGGGAGCAGAGCUGGGGCAGUGUGAGCAGUGCUGAGCUGCUUCCUGCCAUGGGCUCCAGCUCUGCUGUCAUGGGAGGAGGAGGCACUGGCAGGACUCCAAGGCUGUCUUGCAGCCCGUGAACAGCUGUGGUAAGUAGCUUGUGCUUCUCAGUCUUGGCACAGAGGAGUUUGGUCUUGGUCUAACCAGACUUGCAGAAUUUGUGAUUAAACACUUUUGUGACUGUGUAUCCUGCUUUACCUUUCUGUCCCAGCUUGUUCCUUCUGCUUUUCAUCUUUCAAGAGACACAGAGUGCAUAUAUGUUUGUAUGUGUGUGUACACAUACAUCUAAUACCUGUGUGUAAUAAAACGUGUAGACUGGAAUGACACAAUUAGAGUAGGUACACAUCUCUGUCAGUUGUGUGUCACUGUCUCUGCUGUUUAGGUGCUAUAUAUAGCACAUGUGGAAUGACACAUCUGCACUGUCCCACAUCCUGCACAGUGCAGAGAUAUAUGUCCUUGAAAAAACAAGAUUAUGUGAAGCUUUCUAAGGCAUUGGUCACAACUCUACAGUGAUGUGAGGAGCAGGCUGUGGAGGUUUAAGAAAAUUAAUGCCCAUCUUAGGAAUAAUUUAACAUCCCCAUUUUUCUAAUUCUAGAAAACUGCCCUAUCUGUAUGUUGUGUCUCAGUGUUUUUCAGCAGUGGUCCUGUACUGUACCAUAUCACUGCUGCUCAGGGAGCACCUCCCAUUCCCUCCUCCCUGUGAGAUACAGUGCUGUCACUGGGGGAGUCAGUGACUUCAGAAAUCAGUGAUUUUGUUUUAAUAAGCCACCUUUACUCUGUAUUUUCCCCUUUUCUGUUUUUACUGUAUUCCAUGGGUCUUAAUGUUUUAAUCUUUUCUUACUGCAGGAGCGGAGGAAGGAAGACAGUUCAGCUGCAAGAAGGACUGUGGCUCUAGAGGGAUGGCAGUGGUUGAACUGCGCCUGCCACAGCGCACGGCACAGCAGCCUGGGCUGCAUGGCCAGGCCCCCCUGCCCCCUUCACUGCAUUCCCCGAGGGACAGCAGGGCUGCUCAUGCUUUUUUAGAUAAAACAUGGCAAAGCUUUGUUCCAGUGUGUUCAGGGCUGCUUUUCUGAGCAACACAAAGUUCAGGUUUGAGGUUUGACUCACUGUGAUGUUUGUGCCUUGUUUAGUCACUCAGGUAGCUCACAAAGACUUGCACCAGGUGUUUUAUUCCAGGGCAGUGGUGGCGGCAACACUGUAAUAGCUUCUGGAAACAUUCUGGCUGUGCUGAUUUGCAUCUGAUCUUACUUCAACACAGUGAUGCUCAAUGCCAGAACAAGAGCUCUGUGAUGGAAACUGGUUGAGAAGCUUUGUGCUUCUGUUUCCAUCUUGGUGCUCUGUGCUCAACUGUGCACGAGAGCCUCAUGUCCUGUUGGACUGCUGGGGGCCUUGAAGAAUGAAUAUUUGCAGUGGAAUAUUUGCCCUUAUUUUAGUCUUUCCACGUUCAUAUGACAAAUCCUUAUGUUACAGAAGAACAUCUCUAACGUCCACUCCUUGGCAUUGGAUGUCCAGCUUCUUUGUCAUUAUCCAUUCUGGGUUUUGGGUGAGGGAAUAAUGAGAGCUGCUUGUAUCCAAGAAGGAAUAAAACAAGAAAAUGACA